AUGGCACACGCAGAGGUACAAGCUCCAUUCCAUGCAGGGCAAGCUUCGCUGGCAGCGCAGAACUUCAACAUGCCAGCGCUUUCGCCGACAAUGACAGAGGGCAAUAUCUCGAAGUGGAGGCUGAAGGAAGGCGAUUCCUUUGCGGCCGGAGAUGUCCUCCUCGAAAUCGAGACAGACAAGGCACAGAUGGACGUCGAGGCGCAGGACGACGGCAUUUUGGCAAAGAUCAUACAAGGCGAUGGCUCCAAGGCGGUCCAGGUCGGCUCAAGGAUAGCAGUCACAGCGGAGGAAGGCGAUGAUCUGAGCUCGCUCGAAAUGCCCCAGGAAGAUACUCCUGCGCCGAAGAAGGAAGCCGACGCUGCCAAAGAGCAACCAAAGAAGGAGCCACCCCCGGGACCCAAGAAAGAGGCAACUGCACCCCCUCCGAAGCCCGCAUCCUCAGACGCGUCCAAAGAAGCGACUGGCGGGAGGGCUCAGAAGCAGACGUAUCCCUUGUAUCCGUCUGUCCAACAUCUGCUGAAAGAGAACGGUCUGCCAAAAGAGGAGGCAGACAAGAUUCCUGCCACUGGACCCAAUGGCAGGCUGUUGAAGGGCGAUGUUCUUGCAUACCUUGGGCGCAUCCGGGUUUCCUAUGCAGCGGAAUUGUCCGAACGGAUAGGCAAGCUCGCUCACCUUGACCUUUCGAACAUCAAGCCUGCAGCACCGAAGGAGGUAGCGCCCAAGAAGCCUGCUCCAGCUCCCGAGGCUCCUACGGUAGUUGAGGAGCCAGACGUUGAGGUUGCGCUUUCGGUCUCCCUCAAAGCCGUUAUGGAAUGCCAGAAGCGCGUGCAAGAAUCCAUCGGAGUAUUCUUGCCUCUCUCGACAUUCGUCGCGCGCGCCGCAGAGCUAGCAAACGAGGACUUGCCUCGUUCGAAGACAGCGAAGCCCUCUGCUGAUGAACUCUUCGACGCUGUGCUUGGUUUGGACAAGGUUGCUGGCACAAAGUACGGUCGAGGUCACUUUAUGCCCCAGGUGACCGCGCUACCGCUCACUACUUUGAGGACUGCAAGGAUGCCCGCAGCUAGGAAGCCCGACGUCCUAGAUUUCCUUACUGGGAAGAAGCCAGCUGCGGCCAAGGCCCCUAUCGUCGGCGGAGCGGAGAAAGUCAUCGCCCCGAUGAACGUCUUUAGCGUUAGCGUCCCGAAGGGGGACGAGCGGAGAGGACGCGUCUUCCUCGAGCGCGUCAAGAGCGUGCUUGAAGCCGAACCAGGACGAUUAGUCGUCUGA